UUAAAUUAACAAAAAGUCCAAACCAAGAUAUCUUAUGAUACUGCACCUGACAGAAGAGGCAGUUCAAGUGUAUCAGCAAAAGAGUAAUUUUUGCAAAUGUGAACUACCAAGGUCCUCAGCAAGCUGGAGGAAGGCAAGAGAAGGGUCUGAUUUCAGGGAAGGGCAGGCUGCAGGAGCCUGUGGGAAAGCACAGACAGAAGCAUGACAAAGGCACUGGGCUGAAUUUGGGUGCUUACUGCACCCCUGUACCAUCAGGCUGUGUUGGGGAGGGCAGGGGAUGCCUCUGUCACUGCAUGGAUGUAACUGCAUCUGACACUUGCUCUGCACAUAUUGGCUCAGCACACUUUCCCCACUGCACAACAAAUUCAGGGGAGCGAACCAUGGGUACAAAUGCUCCUCUCUUUCACCUUUGUCCCAACUACCCCCUACCAGCACUCCUCAAGUUUUUCCUGAAUCCCCAAGGAAACAGACACUGGGUCGUGCUGCAUCCAAGCAGGGAAGCAUUACAGCAGCCUGUGUGCUUGGCUGCUGGGGACACCUGCUGUGGCUGACCAGGAUGCGACCAGCCCGCCGUGGGCAUCUCUCAGUUAAGUCUUUCUGUUGGACGCACUGCCUGCCCCCUGCCAUCUCUGGAGCACUGGUGGGAAAGGGGUCCCUUGAUCCCAACCCCCCUGGUUUCUCCCUUGCUGCAGCCACUCACCUCACCCCUAUACAAAACCCUCCUCACGCCUUUCUCUUCAGGUUUAUUGUCAUCAGCCAUACUAGGCAGGGGAGAGAUGGAGGGAGGGGAGGAGGCAUUCAGCGCGGUGCCUCCUCUCAGAACCUGUGCCUGACCAAUCUGCCUCUUGAGGGGCUGUGGGGAGCUCCCCCCACCCCGCAGCUUCUCACCCCUCCUUGUGCCUCUCGGCUCUCGGCACCCGGAGAGGGAUGACAGCAAGCUGGGGAAGAGGGAGGGAGAGGGACUGACAGCAACUGCUCUUUCUCCAGGAUGGGUUGAGAGAAAUGAAAACCUCCUGAGCUCCUUCCUCUGGGUGUUUCAGAGCAGAUCCUGCCUGCCUGGCGGGGUGACUCCUCUGCACUCUGUGCGCGCUCCUGUGCGUGUGCUCCUGCCAUCACAGAUGUACCCCCAGCUGUCACUUUGCUGCGCGCAAUCGCUCCCUCUCCCGCCUCUCUCUCUCUCUUUCCCUCUCCCCCUAUUUAUUAUUUACGGAGGAUUACAGUCCCUUUCCCACGCUGCCAUCUCACUGUGCAGCUCCUCUGCCCUCCACACAGAGCGAGUGGUUGGCUAGGAGGGGCUCCUGCCAGCUAGGGUCUACCAAGAACCCAGCCAGCAACGGAGGGACUUUCUGCUGGAUUUGCUUCGGGAUUGUAUCAGGUUUGCUGGAAGAGCUGCCAUUCUCACAGGAGGGUCCAUCCCAGCCCGAGAGAGGGAGUUAAAUAGAGCACACGGAAAGACUGCUGCUGGGGAGUGAAAGUCAAGGAGGGAGAGGGAAGGAAGAGGCUGUUACUUGGCACUGCCUGGGGAGUCAGGUGGAAGUGGCUGCGGGCAGAGCCCCUCCAGGACUGGGCAGGCAGGCUACAAGGUCAUUCCUCCUCCCUUUGGGGCCGUGUGCCAGGCUGGCUGGUGGAUGUGAAGACACGCUGGAGAAGACAACAAUGCUGCCUACAACUGCUGGUCACCGAUGGAGGAGCAGGUUCCUCAUGAGGUGGCAAGAGGCUUGUCUGCUUGGCUGUUGGCUGUCGCUAUGUGCUGCCGAGUCCUUCUUUGCUUGUCCUUCCUCCUGCAAGUGUAACAGUGGCAACCUGGAAGUGGACUGUAGUGGCUUGGGCCUCUCUUCCAUCCCCUCAGACAUCCCCACAAACACCAGGACCUUCCUAUUUCUCAACAACAAACUCAGCAUCUUGCCGGGAGCAGUGUUUUCCAACCUCUCUGCCCUACAGAGGCUGGAUCUAUCCAACAACUUCUUGGACCAACUCCCUCAGAACAUCUUCAGUGACCUGGGGAACCUCACGGAGCUCCAGCUGAGGAACAACAGCAUCCGGGCCUUGGACAAGGACUUGCUACAACACACGGCCCUGCUGCGCCAGCUGGAUCUCUCCAUCAACGGCCUAGCCCAGAUACCCUCGGGCAUCUUUGAUGACCUGCCUGCUCUUCGCUCCCUCUCUCUCAGGUCCAAUCGCCUGCAGAGUCUGGACAGGGUGACCUUUGAACCACUCACUAGCCUGCAGCAACUCCAAGUUGGGGAUAACCCCUGGGAAUGUGACUGCAACCUCCGAGACUUCAAGCACUGGAUGGAGUGGUUCUCCUACAGAGGUGGGAAAAUCGACCAGCUGGCAUGCACCCUGCCCAAGGAGCUGAAAGGGAAGGAUAUGCGAAUGGUGCCCAUGGAAAUGUUUAACUACUGCUCCCAGCUGGAUGACGAGAACAGCUCUACAGUGCUGGACAAUACUGGCCCACCCUGCACUAAAGGAAGCCCCACUCCUUCCAAAUCGAAAUCAGGCCCAGAAACAGAAGUGGAGUCGAGCGUGGGAUGCCCUCAGAAACAGCGAUACAGGCCUGUGAGCGUGCGCAGGGCUAUUGGCACUGUGAUCAUCGCAGGGGUAGUUUGCGGCAUUGUUUGCAUCAUGAUGGUGGUGGCAGCUGCUUAUGGGUGUAUCUAUGCCUCCCUCAUGGCCAAGUAUCACCGGGAGCUGAAGAAGAGGCAGCCACUCAUGGGUGAUACAGAAGGUGAACAUGAAGAGCAAAAACAAAUCUCUUCUGUGGCAUGAAACUCUUCUAGGAAGGAAGGGACAGCAAUGAACAAAGGUACUUGAGAGCAGUCAAGCAUGGGGUCCUCCCAAAAUACAUCUUCUCAGACAGACAGACAGACUGUGCUAUUGCUCCACUCACCCAAGUAGUGCAACAUGCUUCUGGGGGGUCAGGGCACCUGGCUCAAUUUCUGUUCCUCUGCCCCAGGUCCAUUUUUGUGCCCUUUCACCCUUGGUCCCUACCAGACAAAUAAAGUAGAGUCAGACCUUGAGUGCUUGCUGUGCCUCAUGCCCUAGCACAGAGCUUCCCUUGCGUGCCUGCUGUGGAGGCAGCUGGCAGCUUCUGGGAACCUGUGUCAUCCUCUCAGCUUCUGUCCUGAGUUGUCCUGUAUCCUCUCAAGACCUCUCUGCAAACAGAGAGCACAGCUCUGUGAAAGCUUGUCCGAGGAGCAGGACACGAGAAGUGUCCAUGCCUCACUGUUAGGGUCACUGCCCACCCUACUACAAGUCAGUGCUGCCAAGGGCACUUCAGAAGGGAGGGAAGGUCCUUAGGGGAUUACAACAGUCAGGGGGAGAUUUGCCUUCUCACUUUUAAAGGUGAAGAGAACCUGUAUCACUCUAACAAACUAACUGUCAGGGAGCACAAUGUCCCUCUUUUUGCUACUGGCGAAGUCCAAAUCUGUGACCUGACAUACAUGUCACCUACUACAGAUACAGAGCCGUCCUCCUGUACACACCCACACUGACUCAUUUGGAUCCUAACACACACACAGAGACAGCCCCAGCUCCAGACAUCCAGGCACCCCACCUGCACAUGCGGAGACACACAUGCCCAUGCUGAUCUGCCCUCUGCAUGCAGCCAUGAAUACAUCCAGCAACUUUAUCUUACUCUCAUCAUAACAGUACAUAGCACCUUCUGCUUCAGACAAAAUAUAUGCACCCUGCCACUGAGGAGCUAACAAAACCAUCUCAGCCAUAGUGCAGAGUCAGUGGAAAUGGGCAGGAGGGGAUGGAGAGGGGUAAAGUUAUUAAGGUUACAGCAUAAGUCUAUGGAAAUAGGUACAGAGCAUGAAAAAGUAAGAUGUAUUAUUAUCUACUUUAUGUUUUCACUGAUAAAUGGAGAGGCUAAGGAUAUAAAGCCUCCAUCUGGAAAUGUUUGAUUUGCAGAGCAGAAGUGGGUCAUCAGUAAAGACCAGAGGAGGGAGAUGGCUUAUUAGCCUUGGCAGUGUAAGCCAUGCUGAGGAGUAGUGUGAGCCUAGGGAGAGGUGGCAGGAGAAGACAACACACAACCCAAGAGCUGGCAUGGCUGGCAGAGGGGCAAGCACGGUGUAUGGCACUGGGUUAUGCAGCUGGGUGAUUGAAGAGAAGGGGCACAGUUUUGGAGGGUCUUGAGGUGAAAGCUGAAGCCGGGACCACAGUGUGGCACAGGUGGGAGAGCCCAGGAAGGGUCCAGCAAAGUAGGCAGCAUGCCCCACAUACGCUCCCCUAACCAUCACUGCUGUGUUCACUGCCACCCACAGCUGCAUGAGUGUGCCUGCACACACAGCUGUGGACACUGCCACUGUCACACAGGGUGACCUUCCCCUACCAGAUUUUAAAGCCCUCAGACUGCAGUGCCUCCUAUUAGCUUUAGCUCUUUCUGACCUGACAGGAAAAAAAAAUAAAAAAAGGAGGAAAAAAAAAGUAAGGAACUCAACAUAAGGACUCAUUUUGUAUCACUGGAAGUGGGAUAAAAUGCUGUCUCCAGGGGAAAGCGCACAUUGCCAUGGUAACCUGCUCUAACCCGUCACAGUGGGUAUUCCUGGGCGAGGAAGAUGACACCGGAGGUCGUGCAUCCGCAGUGCCUGUGGAUGGUGUGAUCCCUGCCAUCAGGAAACAAGCUGACAGUCAGCCCAGCUUUGCAGGGUGUUUUGCUAGCAACCUGUGUUCAUAGCCCAGCACAUACUGCAGGUGCACCCUGCCAGGGCACAUCACCUCUUCCCCCUUCCCCAUCUGGUUCCCGAUGCCUUCAGACAGCUCGCUGCUUCUGCUGGAUCCCUCUGGAAGUGAUGCACACCAGCUCCUCAGACCAUUCUGGUCCCAGACAGGUGGUUGUACUGACCCAUGAGCACACAAUGCCAAGUCUUUCAUCAAAGUAUGGAGUGGCAAAAUCCCUUCUGGCCUAUCCAGGGCCAGCAGAGGCAAAGAGACAGGAUACUGUGGACUGUUUUAUCAUGACUUCCCUUUGACACAGGGAUGCAUGGGACAGGGGAGGAUGUUCCUCAGAAAGCAGAUGAUCAGGCUGCUCUGGAAGAAAGCCUGGGAGAAGCAGUCCACCCACAAGUGUGCGCACACAUUGUACCCCCACUCACAGCACACUGCUUGUGGGGAAGAGGAGGAGGAGGAGGGGGGCUGGCAAGAUGUGAGGAGGAAGGAUUCUUCUCUCAUGCACUGUAUAGCCACUCCAACCAUCCCAUCUGCUGCAACCGUAGCCCUCUCUAAAGGGCAGAACUGGUGCACUGCAGACUCCAUAUGCGUGUUACUGCUGCUCCACAUUCCCAGCAAGCCAGGACUAUACUCUUGAUGGAUCCAAACCUUUCCCUAACCUCCCUCUCAGGGGAACUUCUCCCUUUACCAUACUGGACUCCGCAAUCAUACUUGAAAUGGAACUUGAGUUAGAGUGGUAUAUUUAUAGAUCUAUAUUUUACUUGCAUCAAAUAAUGGUGAAAUAUUGCACAAAACAAAUGGGAUCGAUAUAUGUGUGUGUGUGUAUGUGUGUGAGUGUGUGCGUGUGAGUGAGCAAGAGAGAGAGAUUGUUUUCAAGGGGAUAGACUAGAGGUAAAAAGAAUGGGAUGGAGGCAGGGGACAACGCAGGGGUUGAGGGGGUGAAAUCCUCCUUUCCCUGCACUUUCCCUGAGAUCUCCUCCUGCCCUGACCAAUUUUUCUUUGUUGCUAAUAAUAUUUUCUAUAUCUUGUGUUGUGAGGCUGAUGAUGACCUUACCCAUCCUUUCUUUUUUGUUUUCAUUUAUAAGGCAGAAAGUCUGGAUUCAUCUCAAUCUAGAGAAGGGACUGCUAUGUUUAGAAACCCACCCAGGAAAGGGGAGAAAAGAGAGUUCCUAAGAAACAUGAAGGCUGGCUGCUAUGGGAAAUCCCACCGGAAAGUAAAUACUGUGCUUGGAAGGACAAGGACCUGUCCUCUUUCACGCAAAGGAGAGUAACAAGGUUCACUGGGAAAUGCCCUCUUUAUACCACUGUUUGUAAACAGGCUCUUACUCUGUUCCUUAGCACAACUGGAAAACAGGCUGCCCUAGUGUGACUGAGCUGCUGCACUGCCCGCAGACACUCUGGGGAACAUGGUACCCAGCAUGGUCAGAAACAAAGUUCUCCUGUGGGAUGCUGGACACAGAACGAGACCCAGUGAUCCUUGUGUACCCAGGCAAUGGGUUCCUCUGGUGUGUGGGAACAGGGACUCCCAUUCUCCCUGCAGGCAUGGCUAGGCAUAGGGGGAAUCCCCCUGAACACACCCUUUGCUAUGGACAGGUGUACCAAUGCCACAUGCAGGUGCCUGCCCUCAGAAGGCGGUCUUCUGGGGGUGGCACGUGUCAGGCCGAUGUAGGGGCUGGCAGGCCACCAGAAACACCCAUUCUGCUCCCCAGCUCUCCCCUUCGCCACACACCCGCCGUGGUACAGGCAGGCACAUUUGUUGCAGGGAACAGAUGGCACUUUGUAAUUUCUUUUUCUUUUCGUUACUGUUUGAGGGAGAGCAACAAGGUUUUCUAAAUGAUUGAAUGGAGGUUUCUUUGGCAAGAGACAGAAAAUUUUUAAAGGUAUAUUAUAUUUCUGGCUUGUUGUUACAGAAGAAUAAUAAAGAAUGUAUUUUCCUA